UCACAUGGGGAGAGCUAGAAUAGGGGGUGCAGGUGGGUAGACUUGGUGGACGUUGGGAGACCCCACCAUCCAUGAGAAUCUCUGGCUGGCACACCAGAGGGCAGUGGUGUCUGGUGCUACUAGGGCAGGGAGCGGAGGAGAGGCUCCUUCAGCUGGAGGACAGGAUGCAGUCGAGCCAGGCCACAGCGCUGCUCACGCUCUACCUGUGGGCGCUUUGCCAUCCAGUGCUGGGCACUGAGGGCAAGAAAAAGCUGCAGAUUGGCGUCAAGAAACGGGUGGAGAACUGUCCCAUCAAAUCCCGCAAGGGAGAUGUGCUGCACAUGCAUUACACCGGCAAGCUAGAAGAUGGGACCGAGUUUGACAGCAGCAUCCCACGUGACCAGCCCUUCAUCUUCUCGCUGGGGACGGGCCAAGUCAUCAAAGGCUGGGACCAAGGCCUGCUUGGGAUGUGUGAGGGUGAGAAGAGGAAACUGGUGAUUCCCUCUGAGCUGGGCUACGGGGACCGAGGGGCUCCACCCAAGAUCCCAGGUGGCGCAACACUGAUCUUCGAGGUGGAGCUGCUGAAGAUUGAGCGACGACCAGAGCUGUAGGCAGGCUGUGGGUGGGUGGGGCGAGGUCUGGGGGGCCUUGGCUUCGUGGGAAAAGGGUGGUGCGUGCACAUGGUCAC